AUGGAAUCUUCGAACUCUUCAGAACAAGAUCUGAUAGGUGAUUUCAGUAGGAACUGCAGUUUACCAUUGGUUCAAGGUCGACAUCAGGAUCUCAAAGCGAUCUCUCCGCAUACUUUGUCCCAGCUCAUAAAAGGAUCAUUCAGAGAUAUUAUCGGGUCCUUCAAGAUAAUUGACUGUAGAUACCCUUAUGAGUUUGAGAGUGGACAUAUCACUGGAGCUGUUAAUUUGUAUACCAGAGAGCAAUGCAUGCAGCUGUUGGAUGAUAGUCAGAUCACGGAUACACAUUCCAAUAAAAGAAACAUUCUGCUCUUCCACUGUGAAUUUUAUAGUGAACGUGGUCCUAAUCUAUACCGUUAUCUACGCAAGGAAGACCGAAAUAGAAACAGAAGCAAUUAUCCACUUUUGAAUUUUUCCGAGGUCUACCUGCUUGAAGGAGGUUACAAAAGUUUCUUUGAGCAAUUCCCAGAAAUGUGUACCCCCAUGUCAUACAAGCAAAUGCUCCAUCAUGACCACAAAGAGGAUAUGAAAUAUUUCAAACAGAAAUCGAAGACAUGUAAUUGUGAUUCCCGCGGAGGUCGCUCAAACAGAAGGUCCUUGAAGAAAUAGAUAUGGUAGAAUUAUACUCUAUUGCCUAAAAUGACAUUAUUCAAGUUCAUGGCUAUCACUGAAAAAUAUAUUCUGUCUCAUCGAUCAUAUUUUCAGUAAUCAGUUCGAGGACAUCUGCUGUUCAUCUGCAGAUUAUUGGUCAGCAAACACUGGAAGAGCUUGGGGGGUCUUUUGAAAACUACCUGGAUGUUUAUACGAACAUCGGUGCACUGUUGUUCAUUUCUGUUAGAAAUGUAUAACCGAUAUCAU